AUGUCAAAACAUCAUCGAGAUGUGAAUGAAAAUACAAAUACCAAAGGAGUUAUGACUUCUCUAACAAAAAGGAGAAAUAAAAAUGAUGUUUUAUGUCAAGAUGAAAAUGCUACAAUUCUAUACGAGCAGUCAUUCGGAGCUGUAGAGUUUGAUUCAGCGCAUUAUAUGAGAUAUGACAAAAUUAAAAAGUAA